AUGGGAAAGUUCGUCCCGGCGCUGGUCGCGCUCGUCAUCGCCGCGCUCGCCGCGGCGAUGGCCUGCGUCCACCUGGGAAUAAUCGCGUCGCCCGCGUUCGACAACCUGCCGCCCCUCCCGGCUCGCGUCCGCGGGGUCGCGUAUCUCGCCGCCGAGAUCGUCAUCCUCGGCCCCGCGGGACCUCUGUACGCGCGCAUCGCCACCGCGGCGCGCGCCGGGUUCCUCGCCGCGCGCGCGGAGGUGGCGAAGCGAGGGGCGACCCCGAUCGCGUCGUUCGAAGGCGUCCGCUUCGCCGCGACCGCGUUCGCGUCGGGCGCGCGCGGCGCCAUCUCCGCGUCCACGCUCGCGAUGCUCGCGGCGAUAGCGUACACGGUGAUCAACACGCGACGCUCGAGCGCGCUUCGCGCGCGGCGCGCCGCCGCCAACGCGGCGACGCGCGCGGUUCGCCAGGCUGGCGUCCGACGUCUCUGCGGGCUCGCGUCCAACGCGAAGCGGCCCUCGUGGGCCAGCGACGAGGCCAAGGCGGAGGGGGACGUGGAGCGCGUGGAGUGGUUCAACACGUUCCUCGACACCCUCUGGCCCUACAUCGCGCAGGCCACGCGCGCCACGGUGAGGCGCGUCAUCGAGCCCAAGCUGGACUCCCAGCGCCCGAAGGGGAUCAGCAGCAUGACGUUCGACGCUUUCAACCUCGGGACGAUCCCGCCUUUGAUCGAACACAUCGCGCUCGUACCCCCGGACGAGGCGGACGAGCUCCAGAUCCAGGUCAAGUUCACGUGGAAGGGCAACCCCAAGAUCGUCUUCAAGGUUACCGGCCCGAUGAUCUACGGCGGCACGAGCCCGCUGAAGAUCGACGUCGGCGAACUGGCGAUAUCGGCCACCGCGAAGAUCACGCUGGCGCACCUCAUGGGCGAAGCGCCGUGCGUGGGGGGCACGCAGAUCACCCUCACCGAGGACCCGUACGUGUCGUAUCGCAUCGCGGUCAAAGCCGCGCCGGGCAUGCCCUCGGUGUCGCUCAGCUCCAUCCCCGGCUUGCAGAGCGCGGUGCAGGGCGCCAUCACCGUGGCGUUUCGCGAGAAGGUGGUGUUUCCGAAGUCCAUCAACAAGGUGAUCACGAAGAAACACACGCCUUGGACGGUACGGGCGAUCGAGGACGCCAUCGCCAUCUCACCGGUGGGCAGGCUGCGGUGCACCGUCCGCGGGGCGUCCGGUCUGAAGAACAUGGAGAUGAUGGGAACGUCCGACCCUUACGCGGCGAUCGCACUCGGGUCGAGAAAAACCCCGCCUCUCAUCUCCGACUGCCGACGCACGAAGACGAUCGACAACACCCUGCAUCCCACGUGGGAGGAGACGUUCGAGCUCGACGUGUGCUCGACCGAGCUGCAGUGCCUGUGGGUGAGGGUCUACGACGACGACGGACAGUACGGAACCGACGAUUUGAUGGGAUCCGUGGUGCUGCCGCUGUCGGGUCUGCCCGCCGACGGCAGCACCGUCCGCGGGAGCUACCCGCUGAAGAAGGAGAAGGAGCUCCAAACCGGCGGUAAGCGCGGGAAAAAGUCGGGGACGGGACGCGGAGAGCUGUUCCUCGAGCUGACCUACGUCCCCAUCACCGAGCCCGCGGACGAGACGAGGAAGAGGCUCGACCAGGCGACGAGGGAGGCGGAGGCCAAGUACCGAGAAAACGCCCCAGGCUGGUACGGAUUUCAGGCGGAGAUUUGCCGGCUGCUCGGGAUCAAGGGCGUACGCGACGGAAAGGCGCUCAGCGCGCUGCUCGAAUCGGACAAAGGCACGCUCGACCACCUCGGCGACGGACGCCUGCGGCACCUGGUGUCGACGCUCCCGCCGCGGAUGGACCUCGGGCACGGCAUACCGCUGUGGGCGGCUUUCCCCGGGUUCGAGGGCAUGCGCUCGAUGAACGAGAUACUCCUCACGAUCUGGCCGUACGCCGCGACCGCCGUUCGCAGGGACGUCGACAUGCUCAACGCGGAGGUGCUGCCGAAGAAACUGCCCCCGUUCGUGCGCGCCAGGAUCAUCGCCGACCUGGGCGCCAUCCCGCCCACCUUUGAAUCCGUCCGAGCGUUCAAGUCCGACGGCGACGAGAUCUGCCUCGAGUUUCACCUCAAGGUUGCCGGCGACAUGCGCUUCGGCGUCGCGUUCAACGCCGCGUUCGCCCCGCUGUGCGGCGCGCGCGUGCAACUCGCGGAGGUAACGCUGCUGGCCAUCGUGCGGGUCAAGCUGCAGCCGCUGGUGCCGCGGAUCCCCAUCGUGGCGGGCACGGCGGUGAGCUUCGUCGGCGAUGCCCUCGUCGACGCCGCGUUACGACUGGAGCUGCCGCUGAUGCCCGGCAUGGACCUCGGGUGUCUACCCGGGGUGGACCUGGCGAAGAAAUUUGUACUCGGCGGCUUCGUGCCGCGGAUGUUCAGGUACCCGAGCUGGCUGUACUCCCCGGUGCUCGACUUUGACCACCCCGCGGUGAAGCAGCUGACCCGGGGCGGCGGCGGCGGGGACCGGGACGGGGAACACGUCGUCACCGUCAAGGUCAAACGGGCCCGUAACCUGGACGCCACCGACGGCUGGUACAGCGACCCGUUCGCCGUCGUCGUCGUCGCGGGAGAGGCGGAUUACGCGUCCCGGGCGAAGCGCACCGACGUCAAGAAGCGCACUUUAAAGCCGACGUGGGAUCAGACGUUUUCCUUCUCCGCCGCCGACGCCGACGUCCUGAUGGUGGCCGUCUUUGACUUGGACGCUAAGCCGACGGUGGCGAAGGCGAUCGAUCCGGCGAGACUUCGGCGUAAGAUGGCGCCGGUGAUGAGACACCACGCCAAGUCGCUGCCGCACGCGGAGCGCUUUCACAUGCGCGUCGACGACAUCCCCUUUCACGGCACCGUCGCCGCCAAGGCAAAAGCCGCGGCGGAGGCGCGCGCCAUCGAGGACGGCACGAUGUCGAAGACUGACGUUCGGAAACUCGAAAAGAAGGCGCGGAAAAAGGCGGAUAAGAAGGCGAACAGCGUCGGGAAGCUGCUCAGCGAGGCGAAGAAGCGCGACAUCGAGCGUCGAGCCGCGCUCGAGCCCCCGCUUCCGCCGCGGAUCAUGUCCCCGGAGCAGAUUGAAAAAGAGAAGAAGAAAGCCGCCAAGGCUGCCAAGAAGGCGGAGAAGGCGCGCAAGAAGGCGGAAAAAGACGCCAAAAAAGCGCAGAAGGCGGCGAGCAAACGAUCCCUCAAGAAGUCGGACUCCAUGGAGGAGCAGCUCGAUCCCGAUCGCGUCGUCUCCGACGUCGAGCAGUGCAUCAUCAACGAGACCGUCACCCUGUCCAACGACCUCCUGGGGAUGUGCCACGUCGACUUCAAGCGCCUGCUCAGGCCCGGUCAGCGCAAAACGGUGUGGCUCCGUUUGGAGGGCGGCCCGAGCGAUCAGAAGCGCGCGGCCGUCGGCGAGAUCGACCUCGAAGAUCCCGACGGGAUCGAUCCCAACGAGGACGUAUACCAGUCGAACGAACGCCCGCCGGCUGGCGAGCGCGUCGACUCGGGUUUUCCAGAGAUUGAGCUCGAGAUUGGAUGGACGGUGUACGACGACGUUUCGUUCGGGACGAAGAAGGCGGCGGCGGCGGUGGACGACGAUGACGACGAUUCGUAUCCCAGCGAUGAGAAGAUCGGAACCGUCGCCGGAACCUCAACCUCGAACGACUCGGGCAUCGCGACCGGCAGCCUCCACGUCGAGGUGGUCCGAUGCGCGGACCUGCAGAAGCCGAAGGUUGGCACCCUGUACAAGGCUAAGAUGUCCGGCGAGCGGGUCACGCCCAAGGUGGACGUCUACGUCGGCAACCAGCACGCGUCGACGCAGACCUCGAGGGGAGUCGAACCCACGUUUAAAGAGCACUUCGACUUUCCCGGAGUCACCGCGCUGGACGAGCUCGUCGUCAGGGUGGCGCACCCGGGGCGAAAGUCCAUCUCGACGAGAAUGGGCGUCGCCAAGGUUAGGGACAAAUUCAUGGGGAGCGUGGUGGUGCCGCUGAACGGGGUGGUUAAGAGCGGGGCGAUCGCGGGGACGUACGCUCUGGCCGGGGUGAAGCACGGGGAAGUGACGCUCGCGUUGUCUUACCGCGUCGAGCGGAAGUAUUGACGAGUAGGUACCUUCGAAGGUACCGGUGUACGUGUAUAGGCGCGUUACAGAUUCCUGGAAUCUGAGCCAAAAAAUAACAAUCCGAUAACCUAGGAGGAUCC